AUGUAUGAUUCUGACUGGUGGAAAAAUGUAGAGCAAAAUCUUCUAAUUGAAGCUCAUGUAAUGCCAAUAAUUCUUUAUUCAGACACUAUCCUUUGUGAUCAUUUAGGCAAGACGUUAAGGCAUCCUGUGUUUAUAAUACUUGAAAAUAUUCCUUUGGCUCACCACAACAAGAUUGAUGCAAAAAUUUUACUUGGAUACAUUCCAACUCUCAA